AAGGGACCGGGGAUGGCCCCAUAAUAACUCUAGCUCCCGAAAGGCUGCUUUCGACCCUUGCGCGCCUCGGAGGAACAGGAAAACCCUUCCCUGGGUGUGCGCGGGAGAAAGAGAGAGAGAGAGAGAGAGGGAGGGAGGAAAGGAGGAGGAAAGGAGGGAGGGAGGAAGGGCGAGCAAGAACAAGAACAGCCUCAAAUGCUUGGAAUAAUUCCGCUUCCGUUGGGAAUAAGGACCAGCAGCCUGUGACUGACUCGAGCAGCGGCCGGUUCUUUCUUCGCCGAGCUCGGGCGCGCGUUUGCAGGACCACCGCCAUGGCCACGUCUCCUCAGAAAUCGCCCUCGUCCCCCAAGUCGCCCACCCCGAAGUCGCCCCCGUCCCGGAAGAAAGACGACUCCUUCUUGGGCAAACUCGGGGGCACGCUGGCCAGGAGGAAGAAAGCGAAAGAAGUGUCUGAACUACAAGAAGAAGGCAUAAAUGCCAUUAACUUGCCACUCAGUCCGAUUCCUUUUGAACUAGAUCCUGAAGAUACUAUGCUAGAGGAAAAUGAAGUCCGAACCAUGAUAGAUCCUAAUUCAAGAAGUGAUCCUAAACUGCAAGAGCUAAUGAAGGUGCUAAUUGACUGGAUUAAUGAUGUAUUAGUAGGAGAACGAAUAAUUGUAAAAGACUUGGCCGAAGACUUGUAUGAUGGACAAGUACUGCAGAAACUCUUUGAAAAGCUUGAGUGCGAGAAGCUCAAUGUUGCUGAAGUCACACAGUCUGAAAUAGCUCAGAAGCAGAAGCUACAGACAGUACUUGAAAAGAUCAAUGAGACUCUUAAACUUCCCCCAAGGAGCAUCAAGUGGAACGUUGACUCUGUCCAUGCUAAAAGUCUAGUUGCAAUACUGCACCUUUUGGUUGCCUUAUCACAAUACUUUCGGGCCCCAAUCAGACUGCCAGAUCAUGUGUCUAUUCAAGUUGUGGUGGUCCAGAAGCGUGAAGGGAUCCUUCAAUCUCGACAAAUCCAGGAGGAAAUAACUGGUAACACUGAGGCACUGUCAGGACGGCACGAACGAGAUGCCUUUGACACACUGUUUGACCAUGCUCCAGACAAGCUCAAUGUUGUGAAAAAGACCCUCAUAACUUUUGUGAAUAAACACUUGAAUAAGCUGAAUUUGGAAGUUACAGAACUGGAAACCCAGUUUGCAGAUGGAGUUUACCUGGUGCUCCUGAUGGGUCUUCUUGAAGGCUAUUUUGUGCCUCUUCACAGCUUUUUCUUGACUCCUGAUAGUUUUGAACAAAAGGUACUCAAUGUGUCAUUUGCAUUUGAGCUAAUGCAAGAUGGAGGGCUGGAAAAACCAAAACCAAGGGCAGAAGAUAUUGUAAAUUGCGACUUAAAGUCAACCUUGAGAGUGCUGUACAAUCUCUUCACCAAAUACCGAAAUGUGGAAUAAAGAAGAGAAGUACGUUGCCAGAGAUGUCUGUUAAUGAACCAAUCAAAGAACCACACCUUUUUUGCAAUCAUUCUUUAUUUUUACACUUUGCUUUUUCCAAAUAAGAUGGCUUACAUUUCAGAGUAUUCUUGCAAUGCUUGUUUUGCAUGGGAUAUUUUAAAUUGGAACUGUUUUAAAUGUUAGAAAGUGAACAUCUGUUGUAAGAUAUACACAUUAUCCCCUUGUUUGACUGUUGCUUAAUUUCUUGGAGAACAAAUAACACAGACACAAGACCUGAUCCACAACCAUAUUAAGAAAAGCAACUGCCCUUAGUAGCAAUUAGAGCUUGUUACUAUUAGCGCUGCUGAGGCACUGCCCAAGAAGCUCGUGAACACAAAUCCUGUUACUCUGUUAGAACAUGUCUUUCUGCAGAAUUCACCUCUCUUCAACAUGCAUAUACAUCUUUCUUUUGGUGUUGCUGGUUUGGUGCUGCUUUUCUUUUCUACUUGUAACUAAGUUUUGGAAGCUGGAAAUAAUGAGUUACAAGCAGUAUAGUUACCUCUAAUUCUUUACUUUUUGGGUAAGAAGAGUGUAACAUAGUUGCAUUUCAAAAGUAAGGUAACAAAGUAGGAACAGUUACUUUAUGUGCAGAAAAGACACUUUUUGUUACUUCCAAAUUUUACAUUUUUGAUAAAACCUAUUCCAAUUUUAUAACAUUUUGUUCUUAAUCCUAAAAGUUGUUCCUUCCAAAAAAGUAACUAAAUGUAAUAGAGAAGUAAUAAGCAGCACACGUGAUAUAGUUUUUUUCCUGUUAUUGUGGGUAAAGAGUUUUGCCAGCAUAUCAAGUAAAGGGAAUUGAUUUUUAAAAAUAAUUAUCUAGGCUCUGAUGGUGAGGACUGCUAUUUAAGGCAUAUCAGCCAAAUCAGUCCAUAGAAUUGUUGUACAUGACAUGUUUUCAUUUAAUUAAGUUGUAGAAUUAGAUGCAGAAGAUAUUCUGUGUACAUUAGGUAUUUAUUGCAUAGAGGUGAUAUAUUGUGGUCAUAAGAUGUUCGAGAGCUAUUGCAAAAAACAUAGAGUAUAUGUGUGUGUGUAUAUGUAUGCAGAUGGAGAGAGCAUAACUGGCAGAAUAAUCUGAGUUUCUAAAAAAGUGUCUCCAAAUUAUGUGUAUCGUAUUAACCAGGAUGUUGGCGCAACUGAGGCCCUGGCCCUUUGCAGUGCCCUAGAUAGUCUACCCUUUUUCCUCAAGACACUUUCAUUCGGUGAUUUUCCGUCUUUUCUGGUCAAUUCUCCCCCAUUCUAAAAUUGGAAACGUCUGUCCAAAGCCCUUGUUACUGGCAAUAGGAGCUUUAAGCUAAAAUUUCCUUGUGUGUUAGGUUCUGCCCUCAUCUUUUGUUCCACCUGCUUCUGGGGUCUGGCCCAUGAUAAUAUCUUUGAAAAUGCAUUGAGCUGUCAGGCUGAAUGAGAUUCCACACCAUUUCAUUAUCAGCAGCCAGACCAUGUUUCCUAUGCAUAUGUUCCUUUUCAUUUUCCAUUCCUUAAUGUUUGCAAUCCAUAAAAAUUUUUUAAGUAAACAGUACAGAGAAUUUAGUAUAAGGUCUAUCAUUGAAUUUUCUGCAAUAAGAUAUUCUUUUUUAGAUACAAAAGCAAUGGUACAAAUUGUGUCCAUAGUUUCAAAGCUGCAAAUCUCUUGCAACAAGCUAUAGAAAGCAUAUAGAAAGAAAGGUGUAUAUUGUUGAAAGAGAUAAUGUUGAAAGAGAUUUUUAUUUUACAUAUCUCGGUCUCUGGAGUGCUAACAUUAAUGAGAAACAUAAAUUACCAAAAAUCAAUUGGUAUUGUAUUGUUGGAGCAACAGAAUUUGCCAAUGAAUGUAUACCAAGAAACUGAACAUUCUUAGCUUACUGCGUUGUGAUUCUGUAUGUGACACACUUGAUACUAAAAUUUGAGUAAGAGCAAUUUAAAAAAAAAUUACAGUGGUGCCUCUCAUUGCGACAUUAAUUCAUUCCAGCGAAA